GACCAGGGGUCGAACCCGUGACCCCACGGUUUCUAGUUGGAUUCGUUUCCGCUGCGCCACAACGGGAACUCCUCUUUAGUCCUUUUAAACUGAUUGACAUCUGCCUAAGCAAAAGGCCUUGUGGCAGCUGAAGGCAGUGGAAAGCUGUGGAACUCAUUAUGCCAGGGUUCCAGUCCCUGUUUGUUAUGUACCUCCCAGUUUUUGCAUCUGUAGAAUGGGUAUUUCAUUAACACCUACCUCAAGAAAGACUGCUUUGAGGAUUGAAAGAGAAAAUUCAAAUAAAACACAAAUUAGAAUUAUCUGGCCCUCUUCCCCUUUCAGCAUCUUUACCAUGAGAUCCACACCCCAUGCUGGAGUAGAAGCCACUUAGGAAUCAUGCUCAUUGGUCCCAGGCGUCAGCAAGUCCUGUUUACACUCCCCUUGAGCAAACAGUGGCCGCUGCUGAACAUCUUCGACUCCAAAACAAUAAGGAAGUGAAUAAACCCAUUAUUGUAAUAAUGUUUGUUUGGCAAUAAGAACUGACCCGACAAGUUUGGGGGACUUCCAAGCCUACAUGGUAAAAAACCAAUUCGGAGUAGACCAACCCUUUCCUGUUGUCAAUCUUCAUAUGAAUUUCUUGUGCGUCUAUGUUAGGUAUUAACAGCCGGGAUUCUUCUCGACCAAGGCUGACCCUAGUGACAGCGAUGCUCUUCCCGCUUUGUUUCUGAAGUCUGCGGCGUCCGUCUGGAUCAAAUCAGAAAACAGAGAGGUUUAGGAUAGGGCCUAAGUGGAGGAGGCCGAGAGCUGGGAGUUCUAGAUUGCUGAACGUGUGCCGGGGCUUGGUGUUCCUUUCACGGUUUUACAAUAAUCAGGGUCACCAGUGGAACUAAACAUCCUUGUGUGAUGUUUGGCUUCAUGAAUCAUUUCUUUAGCCCUGUGCUAGCCCAGGCUAAGUGCUGACUGAGAGCCAAAGGAGCGUUUCCUACAGCAUAACGCAUCUGCAUCAAAUGAGAGAGGAGCAGGCAACUGCCUUUCAUGGAUCUGUCUUGUCUUGAGGCUCCAGCGCUAAUAGUCCCCAAAGGGACUUCCCAGUCUGUUCUGAAAAGCCCAUAGGGCUUAGGGAUCUGGCAGGCAUGGAUUGGAAUACAAUUUGGCGAAUGAACGGUGACUCUGUCGCUUAGUAAAGAUGCUACUUGGAGCAAGUUAAUUGACUUCGGACAGCCUCAGAUUCCUGAUCUGUAAAAUGGGGUUGGUAACACCUAAAUCACAAGGCUGUUGUGAGGAUUAAAUUAAAUUGGAUAACGCAUGUAAAAUACCUACUAUAUACCCCUGACAUGCCAUAGGCAUUUUAGAGGUAUGUAGUAGAAAUAUAUAGGGGUAUAUAGUAGAAAUAUAUUGGUAGGGUAUAGAGUAGAAAGUUAAGUCCCCAAAAGGACGUAUUAAGGAUAACAUAAGGUUAACAUAUGGUAAGCAGCGCGGGAGUGGCAAUAGAGAAGUUGAUAGGAAAGGAAAACAUAUUUGAACAGUUGGCACCUAAUCUGCUUCUGGAAUAAUCAGUAGAAGUUCAACGGGCAGAGAUGGAGGGAGAGUGCUUUCCAGAGAGCGGGAGGAGCCCGAGAAAAAGAUCCUGAGAACUGCAAGUAGACCACAUGGCUGAAAUGCGGGUCUGAGUACCACUACGAAUACACUGCGUGUGACAGCACGGGUUCCAGGUGGAGAGUCGCCGUGCCACACACCCCAGGCCUGUGCACCAGCCUCCCUGACCCAGUCAAGGGCACCGAGUGCUCCUUCUCUUGCAAAGCCGGGGAGUUUCUGGACAUGAAGGACCAGUCGUGUAAGCCGUGCGCUGAGGGCCGCUACUCCCUUGGCACAGGCAUCCGGUUCGACGAAUGGGAUGAGCUGCCCCAUGGCUUUGCCAGCCUCUCAACCAACAUGGAGAUUGAAGACAGCACCAUUGGGUCCACCGGGAACUGCACUUCGUCCAAGUGGGUUCCUCUGGGCGACUACAUCUCCUCCAACACGGAUGAGUGCACAGCCACGCUGAUGUACGCCGUCAACCUGAAGCAGUCUGGCACCGUUAACUUUGAGUACUACUACCCAGAUUCUAGCAUCAUCUUCGAGUUUUUUGUUCAGAAUGACCAGUGCCAGCCCAAUGCAGAUGACUCCAGGUGGAUGAAAACCACAGAGAAAGGAUGGGAAUUCCACAGCGUGGAGCUAAAUCGAGGCAAUAACGUCCUCUAUUGGAGAACCACCGCCUUCUCGGUGUGGUCCAAAGUUUCCAAGCCUGUGCUGGUGCGAAACAUCGCCAUAACAGGUGUGGCCUACACUUCCGAAUGCUUCCCCUGCAAACCAGGCACAUAUGCAGACAAGCAGGGCUCCUCUUUCUGCAAACUUUGCCCAGCCAACACUUAUUCCAAUAAGGGAGAAACUUCUUGCCACCAGUGCGACCCUGACAAAUAUUCAGAAAAAGGAUCGUCCACCUGCAGAGUGCGGCCAGCCUGCACGGACAAAGAUUACUUCUCCACUCACACGGCCUGUGAUGCCAGCGGAGAGACGCAGCUCAUGUACAAGUGGGCCCAGCCGAAAAUCUGCAGCGAGGACCUGGAGGGGGCGGUGAAGCUGCCCGCCUCUGGUGUGAAGACCCACUGCCCACCCUGCAACCCAGGCUUCUUCAAGACCAACAGCAGCACCUGCGAGCCCUGCCCUUAUGGCUCCUACUCCAACGGCUCCGAUUGUAGCCACUGCCCAGCGGGGACUGAACCCGCCGUGGGGUUUGAAUACAAAUGGUGGAACACGCUGCCCACGAACAUGGAGACGACCGUCCUCAGUGGGAUCAACUUUGAGUACAAGGGCAUGACAGGCUGGGAGGUGGCUGGCGACCACAUUUAUACAGCCGUUGGAGCCUCAGACAAUGACUUCAUGAUUCUCACUCUGGUGGUGCCAGGAUUUAGACGUCCCCAGUCGGUGAUGGCAGACACGGAGAAUAAAGAGGUGGCCAGGAUCACAUUUGUCUUUGAGACCGACUGUUCCGUGAACUGUGAGCUCUACUUCAUGGUGGGUGUGAAUUCUAGGACCAACAGUCCGGUGGAGACCUGGAAAGGUUCCAAAGGCAAACAGUCCUAUACCUACAUCAUCCAGGAGAACACAACCAUGAGCUUCACCUGGGCCUUCCAGAGGACCACAUCUCAUGAGACAGGGAGAAAGUACACCAAUGACGUGGCCAAGAUCUACUCCAUCAAUGUCACCAACGUUAUGGAUGGGGUGGCUUCCUACUGCCGUCCUUGUGCCCUGGAGGCCUCUGACCUGGGCUCCUCUUGCACCUCUUGCCCUGCCGGCUACUAUAUUGAUCGGGAUUCAGGAACCUGCCACUCCUGCCCGCCUAACACAAUCCUGAAAGCCCACCAGCCUUACGGCGCCCAAGCCUGCAUACGCUGUGGUCCAGGGACCAAGAGCAACAAGAUCCACUCUCUGUGCUACAAUGAUUGUACCUUCUCAGUCAACACUACGACCCGGACUUUUGACUACAACUUCUUGGCUUUGGGAAACACUGUCUCUCUGGCUGGAGGGCCGAGCUUCACUUCCAAAGGGUUGAAGUAUUUCCACCACUUUACCCUCAGUCUCUGCGGAAACCAGGGUAAGAAGAUGUCUGUGUGCACGGACAAUGUCACCGACCUCCGGAUUCCUGAUGGCGAGUCGGGUUUCUCCAAAUCCAUCUCGGCCUACAUCUGCCAGGCAGUCAUCAUUCCCUCGGAGGUGACAGGCUACAAGGCCGGAGUGUCCUCGCAGCCUGUCAGCCUCGCCGAUCGACUCAUCGGGGUGACAACAGCUAUGACUCUGGAUGGAAUCACCUCCCCAGCUGAACUUUUCCACCCGGAGUCCUUGGGAAUACCGGACGUGAUCUUCUUUUAUAGGUCCAAUGAUGUGACCCAGUCCUGCAGUUCUGGGAGAUCAACCACCAUCCGCCUCAGAUGCAGUCCCCUGAAACCUGCUCCUGGAAGUCUGCUGCUGCCAAGCACAUGCUCCGAUGGGACCUGUGACGGCUGUAACUUCCACUUCCUGUGGGAGAGCGUGGCCGCUUGCCCGCUCUGCUCGGCUGCCGACUACCAUACCAUCGUCAGUAGCUGCACAGCCGGGAUCCAGAAGACCACUUACGUGUGGCGUGAACCAAAGCUGUGCUCGGGUGGCAUCUCCCUGCCUGAGCAGAGAGUCACCAUCUGCAAAACGAUAGACUUCUGGCUGAAAGUGGGCAUCUCUGCAGGCACCUGUACUGCCAUCCUGCUCACCGUCUUGACCUGUUACUUCUGGAAAAAGAAUCGAAAACUGGAGUACAAGUAUUCCAAGCUGGUGAUGAACGCUACCCUCAAGGACUGUGACCUGCCAGCAGCUGACAGCUGUGCCAUCAUGGAAGGCGAGGACGUGGAGGACGACCUUAUCUUCACCAGCAAGAAGUCACUUUUUGGCAAGAUCAGAUCGUUUACCUCCAAGGUAGGGACCCUGGCCAGUGCACUGAGCUCAGCCUGGAGCACUGGAGAAGACACCAGUCCUGGGACACCGAAUGGCCCCAUGCCAUUUAGGGACCACUGUCCUGCUUUCUGUGCUUCUGCACCUGGCUUCUGCUUUCUGUGCUUCCACGCUUUCUUCUGGGGCCCUUUACAAGCUUCCUUCUCUCCCAGUACGCACUCCCAGGGAUGGACUGUUUGGGCCUUUUAACUUCUAGGAGUAUUGGACCAUCCGUGUUGUAAAAAUCCUCCCCUCCCCUGCCCCAUUUUUUUUUGGGGGGGGUGGUGAUCUCUAGGAUCAACUUCUGGUGAAGUGAGGCUCUCCUUUGGCCAGUGGAGGGUGCUGUAAUCCAGAUAUCAGGGUGCAGUCCUUUGGGGUUGAGUCAUGGCCAAGUCUUAAGCUCUUCAUCCCUGAGCAAUUCUGAGCUGGGAGAGUUGACUCUAUGUGGGCAGGUGCAUGAGUUGGAAGCUCAUACAUGUAACAUAGGCAACACUGUUGCUGGGCGUGAGGCAAGCAGAAAGGAUUCCAGCAACAGCUCCAGGGCCACUGCCCUCUGCAGCCCUACUCUGCCAGCACCCACAGCUCACUACUGCUCUGAACCAGUUCGUCCAAACUGGGUGGGAAGGGGAAAGGACGGGACUGGAGGGAUGGCGAGGAAAGGCAGGCAGGCAGGUAGGUACUGGCUUUGCUGAAUCUCACUUCUUUGUACUGACCUUCCAGGGUGACUCCCCCGGCCUCCCCGAGACCUUGACUUUUUUUUUUUUUUUUUUUUUAAUGGGAAAACAACUUACCCUGGGAUCCUUGGGUGUUUCUGGAAGUUUAGAAACUGCAAAGAUGUGAAGCAAGGGUUUUAGAGAUGCUUCUUAUCCUCUGACUGAAGGGAACAAGAAGAAGAGAAGAGAUCUUAUGGCCAUGUUUCCACAAAGGCACUGCAAGCAGGAAUUUCCUGAGGGUUCCUUCUGUCACCUGUUUUUCCAUUUCUCUCCUUUGUUCCCCAAACUUGUCCACGUGCAGCAGCCAGCUCCUGUCACCAUCUCUCUUUCAGAGGACUCCUGAUGGAUUUGACUCGGUGCCACUGAAGACCUCGUCAGGAGGCCCAGACAUGGACCUGUGAGGGGCACUGCCCUGCUGCACCUGCCUCCUCGCCGGCACAGCACCUUCUAAACCUGUGGCAAUGUGGGUGCCAGCUUCCUGCCACACCCACUGCUGGAAACCUCUUCAUUGUGGCCUUAUCAGAAGUUUGAAUUUCAGAUCUUUGUUUUGUUUUUUAAUAGAAUCCCUGAACCCUCCUUUCUGCUUGCCUCAAACCUGCCAAAUAUACCCACACUUUGUUUAUAUUACUCCCUUGCUUGCAUCUUGUUUCCCAAAAUGGUCCAGCCUUCGGAACCAUCGCUUCAUCGGCUCAUAUUUCUUAGAGCUCCGGAAUGAAACUAUUUCUCUCUUCUUAAGUAUAGAGAUGACUUCCUCUGGCCUCUUAUUUAAGGGCAGAGGCAGCUGGGAGUUUCCCUGACCACUUGCCCUCAGCCCAUGACUUAGGAGAGGCUGGCUCAGGAGGUACUGGCAUCCCCUCGUGGUGGCCUGGACUCAGCUCUCCUGGACACCAGCGCAAAUGGGUAUAAUGGAUGGGUGGAGGGCAGAGGAGUAAGGCCUGGGUGAGAAAAGACUUGAUAAGCACAAAAAGAGGCAAGGCGGAAGGUUUUUUGUUUUUUAAACUAGGUACAUCAUUCCCUUUUCUUAAGGAAGCUAUAAAUAUUCUCACCAGAGUCACAGAGAAAGUUCCUUGAGAAAAUGCCCUGAUGGAUCCAUUCUUCCAUCACCACCCCAGAGAGGAAGCACACUGCCAGUGAGUAAGAGUCCUCAUCCUUGAGGCCCCUGUUCCUAGAGGCUUGGGCCAUAUUAGGGCACGGGUGUAUCAUGUUUUGAAAGAACACACGGAGGUGAAGGUUUUAAUGGGGCCAUGUGGGGGAGCCAGCCCACAACAGGAGGGGCCUGAGGUGGCCAUGAUGUCUGCUUCUAACCUGAAUUCAUCUGCUCAGCCACAGAAUAAACAACCUCUAGGCUGCCCAAGAAAGGCAUGGACUUCCAGUCCCUGCCCCAGCACCAGAUCCAAAUCAAGUCUUCAAGUAGGAAAGCCUGGGGGAGAUGGACAAAGUGUUCACCAAACUGGGACCCUUCCCACUUUCAAUUCCCUGUCCUCCCCUUUUUCCCAUUCUCAUUUCCUUCAUGUGCUAAAAAACUAAAGAGACCUGUGGCCCCGGGUUUUGGUAGCACCCACUUUUGAAAGGUGAAUAAAGUGAACCUCCUCUGUGGCCCUUUUCUCCACUUCCACACCAAGUAUAAGCAAUGACCUUUAUGCAUCUAGAAUGGUAAAACUGGAGCAAGAGUUUAAAUUCUCUUUUUCUUCCUACCAAUGGCAAUUCUCUUUCCCUCACUAGCAGACUAAAAUGACCGUCCUUGGUCAAGGGUCCAAUUGCCCAUAGUUUGUGACUGUCCCUUUUCUCAAAUGGCCAUUUGUUGACCAGAUGUUAGGUAAAGGACGGAAAUGGCACUUCUAGGUGGUUUGUCUGUCACAUGAUGUUUUGCUGAUCUGAUUGGCCACUGCUGUCCUGCAGAUGGUCUUAUAAAAGAGACAGUGAGAACUGGAUCCCAGCUUCGAUGUCUGGCCAACAACAGCACCACUGAAGGCAGGCUGUUCCUUUGGUUCAAUAAAUCUAGAAGCUUUUCUUUGGUAUCUAAAUCCUCCCUCCUCUUGUAGGAUUCAGGCUUUCAGAACCUGUGGCUGUGUUGGAAUUUCUCCUGAUGGAUGCAGAUAGCUAGCUUCUGAGCUCCAGCCUAAAGUUUUCUGUAGCAUCAACAAUACCCCAGGCAUCUGCUUUUCCAGGGAACAGCUUUCUUUUGUGACAAAAGCCACAGAAGGUCUUUAGAUUAUUCUAGAGUCAGAUGGAAAAAGUACAUACCUGCUGACUUCUUUAUUCUGAUCUUGAAAGUGAGUUCCCCCAGAGCAACCUCAAACUCCACUGAUUUAGUCAUAAUGCUUCAGCAGAUCGUCCCUGUGUCCUGCCAGGAACUCAUGAGCUAUGCUAUCGGGGUCACCUGAUGCUCCCUAAACAGCUUAGACACAUUAGAUACUGUUUAAUAGCUCUGCUGAGAUGUAAUUCAAAUACCAUACGAUUCGCUCAUUUAAAAUGUACAAUUUGGGGAGUUCCCCUUGUGGCUCAGUGGGUUAGGAACCAACUAGUAUCCAUGAGGUGCGGGUUUGAUCCCUGGUCUCACUCAGUGGGUUAAGUAUCUAGCGUGGCUGUGGCUGUGGCGUAGGCCAGCAGCUGCAGCUCUGAUUCAACCCCUAGCUGCCUGGGAACUUCCAUUUGCUGCAAGUGCAGCUGUAAAAAAAAAAAAAAUAAAGUAUAAUUUGAUAGAUUUUAGCAUACUCACAGAACUGUGCACCCAUUAUCACACUCAAAUUUAGAACAGACAUUUUACGUGGGGAAAAAACUACAGUGUUUUGCACAAGCAAUUGGGAGAGGGAAUGUGGGCUCGGGAGAUAAAAUACUCAAUCCUAUUUGGUUACCUAGAGUCCAAGAAGACACAUGUAACUCUCCUCAUGCAGGUGUCACCUGUAUGUGGCUGGGAAUACAAAUGAAGAAGAUGGUGACUCAAGGACCAGGGGAUUUCUUAUGUUAACAAACCUUUUUUUUUUUUUUUUCAGUCUCACUCUAUAUUAAAGACUGACUAUAUUUAUACAACAGAGACUUUGUAAUGGAUUUUUCAACGUUGUGAAACUCAAUUUUGGUCUCCUCAAGACUGCCUGGAUUUCCUUUUUGCUCUGUAUUCCAUAAAUUUGUAGUUUGUUACAGGAUGGGUAUCUCCUGUCACAUUUGUGUGUGUAUGUGAAAUAAAAACAUAAUUUCUA